AUGAAGUCGCUGCGUACCAUACUGGAUGGUCCCGGUGGCCUCAGUGCGACAGCUAUGUCGAUGGAUGCCCCCGCUGCAGCAGUCUGGUGGUUCAUGCGCCAAGAUGCCGAUGAGCUUGGCCAACAUCUGGCUAGCACCUGCGAGCUUCUCAAGGAGCACGAGGUGAAGUCGAAGCAGAUCCUUACACUGCAGUCGCAGUUGGAUGAAGCCAGUGCCAGGCGCGGCUGGAACAACCCGGAGUUCCACCACCAGACGGUCCACGUUCAGGUGAAUGGUGUGCCUGGCCGGUUGGUGCGCAUUUGCUGUCCCGGGGUGCGUCAUCAGGACAUUGAGGUGAAGCUACUGCCCAAUGGAUGCCACAUCGCCUUGACCCGGCCGGCGAUGCGAGGCCUCAAGGAAGCCCGGUGGCAGAAGACGCUACAGUUCGACUUCCGCGAGGGCUUCUUUGAGUUCGUGGAGGCAUCAGGGGAUCAGAUGCAGCUGGAGCUUGGCUACCUGACUCUCCUUUUCCGCGAGACGCAUUAUCAGGAUCGCACGAUUCGCUUCGCACAGCACUUCAGCAUGGAUGCCUUUGACCACGAGCUGCCGGCGAAGGACCAGGGCGAUGAGUGCGCAUCCUCGAAGAGCACGGCCGGGCAGUUCUCCGAAGAGAGGCACCGGACGACCCGAUGCGAGGAGCAAGCAGGUUGA